AUGGUGAACACGGUGGCACGCGUUCGCGCCAUUCGUUCCGAUAUUGGGGUUUCACUACACAUAAACAAAAGCGAAGGAAACGACGUCGCCGAGUGUAUAAGCUCUCGGCAUUCCGGGCGCGAAACGCUCCAGUAACAGCGCCGCCGUUCGCCAUCAAUGGUGUCCGUUUCCGUUUCCACCGCGAACGCAGCGAUCAAACUGGACCAGGACCAUCACGACCAUCCCGAAACCAAGAUCUUGGAUCCAGAGAUUCUUCCGCCCGGCAAAAUGAAGACAGCAGCAGCAGCUGACGCCUUCAACGAAACAUUCGCCGAAUACGUCGGGGCAGCAGCAGCCGCGGCACUGGCGCUGACCAACGGGACCGGAGGCGAACAGCACCAGAAACUGAUCACCCUGACCACGCCCUGCAUGGUGAUAGUGGUACUGUCGUACAUCUUUGGCUGCGUCGGGAACCUGAUUGCCCUCAUCCAUCUGUGGCGUAACGUGCGCAACACGAAGCACGCGCUAAUGCUCAAAUGCUUGCUUACGAACGAUCUAAUUGGGCUGUGCGGAAUGUUUGUCCAGAUGUGUUUACAUCUUUACCUUCCCAAAGGUCUGGUAAUGGCGCACAUGCAUCACUUUUGCGUCCUGCGCGUGAUUUGGCGCGUCUUCGGUAUCAGCUCUGGCUGCGUGGCAUUCGUCAUGGCACUGGAAAGGUACAUCGCGCUGGCCAAACCAUUCUUCUACCACAAAUACGUGACGGAUAAUCUGAUCCGCAAAUCGAUCUUCAUCCUGUGGGCCAUCGGUGCAGUCAUAACGUUUCUACCACUGUUUGGCUUCGGCGUUUACUUCGACGAGCAGAAGAAAACCUGCGUCCGCUACAAGGAUGCGACGGACCCGUUGGACGUGGCGUACGCGUAUUUAUUUUUCAGCGUCGGUACGCUGCUAUGCAUUGGAAUCGUAAUUUGCAAUCUCAGCGUGCGGAAGGUGCUGUAUCAAUCGCACCGGAAGAUGUGCCGUCAGUUCGGUUCCAUUAAACCGACGCCAAUGAUGAACCGUCCGUUGCGCCACACGCAAAAGUCGGCCAGUUUCACCGACUCCAAUAUUAUGCGCAUGUUCAACGAACCCACGACGGAGGAAAUUCGGUUCGCCAAGCUGAUGACCGUUCUCAGUGUAUUCUUUCUGAUCUGCUGGCUUCCGCAGAUGAUCUCCAUCAUCUUGUUGCAACAGCUGAGCGCUGCCAUGAAGCUCAAACUAUCCUGGAUAUUUCGCCUGUCCGACAUACUCAUACUGGUUCACUUUAUGCUGGAUCCGUACAUCUACGUGCUGCUGAAGCACAGCCGACGCAGCGAUCUGCGCACCAUGAUACGGUACGUGUUUAGUCGGAAUCAGUUCAACAUAGUGGAAACUGCCAUUUCACCAAUGCAAAAGUCGACGUCCUCAUCGCCCCUGCCGUGA